UCACGGUCGCGAAACACGUGACUUGCUUGUGAUAAGUUUCACGGAAAAAUGGCGCCUGAAUGAAAAAACAAGUUCGCUUGGUGGCAAAUUUUGAACGUUUUAAAUGGAUGCUGAGAAGGCAGAAAAGCUGUGUAAAAUUUGUGGAAAGUCAUUCCGGAGUAUUUCAGCAGUGUAUGAUCACGAAAGGAGGCAUGCCAAGAAGGGGCCAUACAAGUGUUGUGGGAAAGAUUUUUUCAGUAAAGCCAAUAUCAAAAGACACAGGUGUGCAGUGCAUGGUGAAGAAAAAACAUUUGCAUGUGAACAGUGUGAUAAAAGAUUUUCAAUUAUGGCUGAUCUCACCCGUCACCUCAAGAUUCACGAGGAACACCCUGUAAAAUUUAAAUGUACAGUAUGUGGUUUAGAGUUUAAGAAAGCACAUGAUUGUGGUGAUCACGAGGCUAGUCACAGGGGUGACAAACAGCAUAGGUGCACAUGUGGAAAGGCAUACAUCCACCAGACAAACCUUUACAGACAUAAGAGAAAAUGUAAUCAUUGACAAUCAGGAUUCAUCUUGAAUUUAUUAUUUAUUUUACGUUUGGUACUUUGAUCUCAAAGAUGAGAUACAUACUGGUUU